AUGGGAAACCCCUACGUGGCGGGGGGCGGGGUGACGGGGUGGGAACGUGGCCCUUCGGCAGCUCGCGGAUGCCGGGACCGAGGCCGUGCGGCCCGGGGGCUUCAGGAGCACCGGGACAGGGGCAGGGACCCGCUCACGGGGUUUCUCUUGCAGGUCGGGCACGAGCCACUACCUCCAACCGUCGGAAGAAACGUGCUGGGAAGGAAAGUCCUGUACCUGCCCGGCUUCUUCACCUACGCCAGACACAUUGUGGAAGUGGAUGGGAAAAGAGGCCUCUUCCGCGGUCUUACUCCUCGCCUCAUCUCAAGCACUUUAUCAACCAUCACCAGGGGGAGCGUGAAGAAGGCCUUUCCCCUGGAAGACAUGGAGCACGUUUCUAACAAGGAUGACGUGAAGACCUCCCUUAGGAAAGUGGUGAAAGAGACAUCUCAUGAGAUGAUGAUGCAGUGCGUGUCCCGGGUCGUCUCACAUCCGCUGCAUGUGAUCUCCAUGCGCUGCAUGGUCCAGUUCGUAGGCCGGGAAGUUAAAUACAGCGGUGUGUUCAGCGCCAUCGGCAGGAUAUUUAAGGAAGAAGGGAUCCUGGGAUUCUUUGUCGGUUUAGUCCCUCACAUCCUGGGGGACGUCAUCUUCCUCUGGUGCUGCAACCUCCUGGCUCACUUCAUCAACACCUAUGCAGUGGACGAUAACUUCAGCCAGGCAUCGGUGAUCCGGAGCUACACAAAAUUCGUGAUGGGGAUUGCUGUGAGCAUGCUGACGUACCCUUUCCUUCUCGUGGGAGAUCUCAUGGCAGUGAACAACUGUGGGUUGCGCGCCGGCCUCCCUCCCUACGCUCCCGCAUUUACAUCCUGGAUCCACUGCUGGAGGUAUCUCAGUGCUCAGGGGCAGCUGUUCCGCGGCUCCAGCCUGCUCUUCCGCAGGGCGCCCAUGCCAGCCGCCUGCUUCCCCAUCGACUGACUCCUCGGCAGGGAGAGGUGAUAAACUUGGACUCCUCAAGAAACCCUAAGCUUGUUUCGAUAUAUGUAUAUUUUUUCUUUUCGAUCCAAAGUCCGUGGUGCCAGAACAAGACGGCUCCCCUCCAGCAAGGCCAGCAACAAGUUGGCUUCUGGAGAUCUGGCUUCAGGCUCCAGCUGGACCAAAGCCCCAUCCUCGUGGAUGUCUCGACCAGGACACGUAGCAGAGAGAGCAGAAGGGAGUUGUCUUGUUUCUUUGGUCCAGGCUGUAGCUCUGGAGUCGCUGGGGAAGUCUGGGAAACCAGAAAAUGCCCAGGUACUAAACAAGCCAGCCCCAAGAUGCAGGGACAAAAGACUGCUUCGUUCUGCCUGAGCUGAGAAGUGGCGAGAUCCAAGGUCGCCUUGCUGGGAAGGCUACGCCAGCUGCCCAGCCUCCUGUCUCACCUCUUCUGGAGAGGGCAAACGUUUGUGUGGCAGGUAGCUGGGCGAGAUCAACCCCGUCACCCAUAUUUAAGGUUUUGAGGGUACCUGAACACUAGGGAGCACACCACCUCCCACGGGUGUGAAAGGGAAAUUACAGUAUCAAAACAGAAAAGGGAAAUAAAGUCCCACUACAAAGAGCAGUGCAGUCCCAAAGAGACAAGUACAGCUCGACUCCGGGGCAGCACUGGGACUUGGACAUGGAGAGAGCACUUGGGGAGGGAUGUGCACUGCAGGUGGUAUCUGCUUUUGGGAAGGCUUUUUGCAGCAGGACGGGCUGUAUUUAGGAUACGCCCAGAGCUGCUGGGUGUAACCCGGGCAGGCAGCCUGUAGGCGUUUCUCAGGGGAGAUGGGUCCUGGGUUGGACCGGCCCAUGCUCGGGCGCAGCGUGUCUCUGUACCGGCACGACUGCAUCGCGCG